UUAAUUUGGUACAAAUUUUUUACCUUUGAAAUGUUUCCUGCUUGUUUAAUGAACAAAGCUUAAACAGAAGACUUCCUGAUUGGGUAUUUAAUAUGUAAAAUGUCCAUUUCAACACUCAUUUUUCACAUUUGGAUUUUAACAUACAUAAACUUAGACGAAGCUUCAGUUACUGCUCCUGAUGAGUCCCUUACAACUGUUACAGAACCAAGGACAUUUUCGUGGACAGUAAAGAAUACGAUGGAAACUACCUCUUUAGUAUAUUAUCCAGAAACAUCGUCAUCAUCAUCAUUGACGACGACGUCUUCGAUUUUGUCUUCGUCCUCUCAAUCAUCAUCAUCAUCAACAUCGACGUCAUCACCAUCAUCAUCGAAGUCGUUGCCGUCUUUAUCGUCGUCCUCACAAUCGUCAGCAACAUCGUCGUCAUCACAAUCGUCAGCAACAUCGUCGUCAUCACCAUCAUCAUCCAAGUCGUUGUCGUCUUCAUCGUCAUCAUCACAAUCAUCAUCAACAUCGACGUCAUCACCAUCAUCAUCGAAGUCGUUGUCGCCUUCAUCGUCGUCCGCACCAACAUCAUCCUCAACAUCAUCGUCAUCAUUAGCAGCAGUAACAACAGAAUUAACAUCAUUACCAUCAUCAACACUGGCAAAAACACCAGAAACAUCAACUUCUUCAAAGACAAUUCUUAUAUCUACUACAGAAAUUUGGUCUUCAGACAUUUCUUCGCACUCUCAGAUAGAACCAUCCACCAAUGAAACAAAUAGACCAAAGGGUAACAACAAUGCAGAUUCUAUAGGUAGUAUUAUUGGCGGAUCACUUGGUGGAGUUGUGUUCGUAGUACUAACAGUUGUCGUUUUAGUUUGUUGUAUAAAACGCUGCAGAUCAACACCUUACAAACAGGAAAUUCUCAAUGAAGUGCCGGUUUCUUUUUCCAGUGGUAACAGUACUGGAGGCAGUUCUGUCAAUAUCGAUAUGCAACCAAUCGACGACAGACUAAAUCUACCUGUUGAAAUAAACCAACCACGUGAUAGUUUAUUUACAGAUUUAAGUUUUGGUGCUUUAUUGCGGAGAUCUAGCAACCGUUCAAUGAAAUCAAUAAAAUCGAACAGAUCAAAUCGCCAAAAAAAUACAAAAAGAGACAGGGUAGAUGAUCGACCACAAUAUUUGAAUAGACCAUCUCAGCUUAUGGCUUUCAUGUGGCAGACAAUACGCCGGCGAAGAUCAAGAAGCUUUACAAAUACCAAUUCUCAAGACAAUUUCAAAAGAAAAGUGUCUAAAUCGAAAAGUUUGAAUGACCUUACUGAUGAUUUAAAUAUAAAAUCACAUUUAGAAGUACAUAAGACGAGUACAGACCCUAGUAUGUCUCAAUACAAUAGUCAAUCUACGGAGACCAUUUCCACAAAUGAUGCAAUCUCUAUAGAAGAUGAUAGUGAUAUACAAACUGAUUCCAGUAUAAACAGUCAUCCUACUUUUGAAGUAAAAGUCACUUCUUAUGAUUAAUAAUGUUUUAAUCUAUAUGGCAACAAUUUGUUUUCUAAUUCUUACUUUCUAUGUCAAACUUGGCAAAA